GAGAAAGAAAAAGCGGAGGCAGCUUGCAGAGAUGGAGAUCAUAAUAUUCAGGAUGAAGUUACUCGUCAUUGCAGUUGUUCUUAGCAUAAUGUCUGCAGGUGUUUAUGGAGCAGACCCUGAUCCUCUUACAGACUUCGCUACAGGACUAAAAACCUUCAUUCUUCGCGACGUUUUCACUAAUGGAGAUGUUAGUGUCGAUUCCGGAGGAGUACGUGCUGCCACUUCAGUAGCCAAGUUUCCUGCUGCUGCAUCACAGGGCCUCGAAUAUGUGAGGUUCAAGAUGGUUCCGUGUGGGGCGAAUUUGCCGCAUACCCAUCCACGAGCCUCGGAAAUGCUUACUCUUAUCUCAGGAGGGCCACUUCAAGUUGGCUUUGUUGACACUCAAGGUCAAGCUUUCAUCGAUAUUCUGCAUCCUGGAGAUGUCACCAUAUUUCCGAGGGGAACAUUGCACUUUGAGCUUAAUGUUGGAAGUGAAGAAGCUAACUAUAUCUCUGCUCUCAACAGUCAAAAUCCUGGUGUUGUGACAAGCAGCGUGUCAAUAUUGAAGCUUCCAUUGAGAAGUGUGGCGACUGCUUUUAACAUCACCCAACAGGCUGUAAAGAAAUUAGAUUCUACCAUAUAUGCCAGUGUAGUGGGACUCAAGAAAACAUCCAAAAGCGACUGUGUUCCAGGUAGAGAUAUUACUGUAGACUUUUAAAUUAUAUGUUAUUUCCUAGUGCCGCACAAAUAAAUGGCAUCUAUGGGGAACGGUGCUAAAUGUUUGAAUUGAUGAUCAUCUGUGACUUAUCUUCUCUUAAAUAUAAUUGUUUACCAUAUAACCUCUUAAUCUCUAUUCAGAGAUUUGUAAACAAUAAACAAUACCUGUAUAUAGUCAU